UUUGGUGAAACAUCAGAGUGAAAUUUAAGUAUAUGUUAAUGUUAUGUCUCAACAUUGAAUACACAAUUUGCAAGUAACGAGUUUCUGAUUCCCCUCUGAAGAGAUGGGGUUCAGUUUACACCUAAAAAAGAACAGCUCGAAAAAGCAAAGUGGCGCCAAGACAGCGAAUAAGGAACCUUCUCCUCUACACCAAUUCAGCAACCAUCCAUGUCCAAAGGAUCCAGAUAAGAUGAAAGCCAAAAAGCUAUCUAGUGGUGUUGUUCCACCACAAUGCAAUGAUCCUGAUCAUAAAUCAGUGAAAGAUGUGGCAAAAAAGAUUGCGAACCGCGACAAGAGCGCCAAGGGAAGCUCGAGGACUAAUAGUGAUGAGCUUGUUAAGUACAUGUCCAAUUUGCCAGGUUAUCUCCAGCGCAGCGCGGAUAGAGGCAAAAACCUCCAAGGGAAGGCCUUGAAUUUUGGGGUUCUGGAUUGGUCAAGGCUUGAGAAAUGGAAGAACAGAGAAAUGCACGUUCCGGCUCUAUAUAGCAGCUUCGCGAAAUUCAAUACCGGCGAAGCUUCAUCAUCGAGAGUAGCCCCCGGCACGUCAUCUAACAUUGCUCGUGGCGGUAGAAAACUUGAUGAUAACAAGAAAAGAUUGGACUCUUCAGGUUCCAAGGCACCUCAUAAGGAAGUAUUUCCUGAAAGUUCAAAUGUUUCAUCUGUUGAAUUCGAGUCGUUUCGGAAGAAGACUCAUCAAAAGGAGUGGAGGACUGAAAGUCUUGCAUCUAAGUCUAGGAAUCAUAAUGGAGUCUCAUUGGGUUCUAAUUCAAAUUUAAAUUAUGGUAGAGAUGUUAAUUUUGAAGCUAAGAAGAGCUUGGAGGGUAUCCAGCAGCAGCAGCAUAUCCUCAGGACAAAAGAGAGAAUUCACAAGCCGAGUUCUCCGCGGCGACAUACAUCGCUAAGGCUGAAAAACAAAGGAGUUUCGUUCAGUUCUCAGAAGAAAAUGAUGGAUCAGUUUCAGACAUUAGAUGCAGAUGGUGAUGGCCAAAGGAAAUUCAACAGUAAACCAAGCAAUAUUGUUCUGCUUCGGCCGCGCCGAGUUCAGCAGUUCAAUUCUUCUACUGCAGAUUAUUAUGAGCUGUCUAAAUUAAGAUCUUCACAUGAUGAUGACAAUUCGGAAUCAAGCCACAGUAGCCUCUUCACUUUCCUUCCAGAGGAGGUCUCCGAAGAGCUGUGUUCUGAAAUUCGACAUUCUAGUACACUGACUUCUGUGACCGAUGAACCUUCCACUUCUUCAGAAAGAAUGGAACACAUUGCUGAUUCGGAUUCGGAUGUUGAUUCACACCCUGGAGAUAUCUUCCUUUUGAAGGAUGUCUUAAACAUUAAGCUUGAGAAUGGCCAAGAAACUGCUGAGGUGGCAGAUCAGAAUAGCCAGAACUCUUCUCCGAAUUACAAGCUUAGCUUGAGCUUUGAUCAGAUGAGAAGAAGUUUCAGUUUGAAGGAGCAGGAUCUUCCUCCGCAACUUAGUGCAAAAUCUGGACCAUUGACAACUGAAUCUUUAGAAAAUUCUAUGAAGGAAAAGGAAAAGGGUCAUAAGAGAACAAGGUCCACUCCCUUUCUUAAGUUAUUUGAUCCUUUGUUGAAGCAUAAUGCAUCCAACACACAGCAUUCAAACGAAAGUAGUCUUGCAGCACAAGCAAUCACAGGUUUAAAUCCGCUCGCUGACAAAAGCAAAGGAUCUUCAAUUCAAGCGAUUCUGCAGCUAACAAUAAAGAAUGGACUGCCUUUGUUUAAAUUUUUGCUCAAUAAUGAAAGAAAGGUUCUAGCAGCUACCAUGAAAAGUUUGGCCUCGCCGGAGAAGGACGAUGCAGGGUUCUGUUUUUCGUUCUACCUUGUUAACGAAAUCAAGAAAAAGAGUGGUGGAUGGAGGAGUCAUGUAAGCAAAGAUAAAAGCUGCGGAUAUGUGUACAAUAUGGUUGGUCAGAUGAAGUGUUCGAGCCGAAAGAUCGACCAAAGGAGCAACCAGAACAGCAAGAGAGAGUGCAUGGUGAAAGAAUAUGUCCUGUUUGGAGUUGAAAUCGACAAUGCAGAUCAAAAGGCAUCAAAACUCAGCAAGAGGAAGGAGCUUGCAGCCAUUGUUAUGGAGAUUCCUUGUGAAAACUCGAGCCGCGAGGGGGUGCAUGAUUAUGAUUUGAUGAAGAAGGGAUGCUUGAAGUGCUUGGAAGAUCAAAGAUGCUUUUGCAUAUCAGGAGAAAGAGAUGUGUGUGGUAACAUCACGGCUAUUCUUCCAGGUGGUGUGCAUAGUGAACCAACCAAAGGAGAGCCUUCGCCGUUGAUCUACCGAUGGAAAUCCGGCGGAACGUGUGAUUGUGGCGGUUGGGAUGUUGGUUGCAAACUGCUUGUUAUCUCCAACAAGAAUCCUAGUUCAAAUGUUCCAAGAACUUCAAAAACUCAACAUGAGAGAUUCCAACUCUUUGUCCAGGAAGGAGCAGACCCAAGCACACCUCUUUUCACUUUGGCACCACUGAAGGAUGGAUUUUACUCGGUAGAAUUCAGCUCAACGAUUGAUCAUUUGCAGGCAUUCUUCAUUUCCGUGGCCGUUUUGAGCAGCCAAAAACUACCAACUUUUUUAGAAAUGAGUAACAUGCAUGAUGACAUCAAGUAUGAACUUCAAGGAAAAGCAUCAAUAAAUUAUAAUCCAAUUCCACCAGUCUCCCCAGUUGGCAGAGUUUAAUUUCCACAGGUAGCUCAGAGAAACAAGGGAAUGCACUGUACACAACAUGCCUCUGUUUCCCUUCUUCCUUACCGUAGAAACUGUUGUAGCAGAAAAUGUAAGUUCAUAGUAUUUUUCUUUUCGUUGUACGAAAGUACCACACUGCACCAACGCCAUGCCCUUGUUUGUACAAAAUACAAUAUCAACGAAUAAAACCUCUAGGGUUAUAUACUGCACAACUUUGGGCAUGUAUAAUAGAAAAAGCUGAAACUAGAAGAUGCUCCAAAGUUGGGCUGGUGCCUUCAAUGUACUUUUGGUUGUUCAAAUUA